GAGCAUUUGACAGUUAUAACCUAUUCGGUAAACUGGCAAUAAAAUUGAUUUAUUUUUCGAUCAAAAGUGUUCAGCUUUUUGCUGCUUUGCGAGACGUUAUAUUACAAUGUCGAACGAAAUUGAAACGAUUGAUAUCGAUGAAGAAGUCCUCGACUACGAGCUGGAACUCGAGCUGGAUGUGGCAAUGGAUCAACGGCAUGAAGAUGCCUUACUGGACGAAGUAGGAGAUAAUUAUGGUGAAGAACACGAAAACGAGCUUGUCAGAAAGAUGUCCAUUGCGUCUGUUUCACCAAUCGCGCCGCAAGCAACAGUCUCACCAACUGAACCAGCUUCAACUUAUCCGAACGAUCUUUGGAGCAAAUCGAUUUCAACUCUUGUGAACGUACUGCAAAGUAGUGCAACCGAGCUGGCCAACAACGCGGUAGAGCCGCAAAGCAUAUUCAAGAAUAACAUCGAUUUUAACAACGCUCAGCCGGUAACUGAAGCGAUUCUACCGGUUCAGCUUGAACAGGACAGUCUUGAUGGCGAACAAAAAGCUGUGACCGAACCGGAGAAAUUGGAGCCUAGGUCGGUCGAACCAAAAGAUGAUGUCGUUUCAACGUCGCCUGGUCCACAAGGAAUCAUGAAGGUUUCCAAUAAGAUCCCAAUUUUAGCGCCGACGCCGGCAGCAUCGUCUUCAUCAUCAUCGUCAAAGCAGAAAGUCAAAGCAAAGAGGAACAGAAACAAAAUGCGCCGAUUCGAACAUCGAGUUGCGCGAACCAAUGGGCAUGGGCCUGUCCGGCAAGUACAUCGUAUACCAAGCUUGAUGUCGAUUAAAACUCAGUUUCCUUUUCCACGCACCAGAUUUCCACUUUCGAUUCCGGAAAAAGCUCCAGCUCCAGUGACCCGGAAGAAAGUACCUUUCAUUAUCAAAGCGCAAGCAAACGGCGACUCCGUUUCCCGAACAGUGACUGUCAAUCCUGAAUUCGAAGGCUUUGCGUCACCUUUCAGCCGUUCAUACUUCAACAGUGUGAUGCUAAAGCCACGACGAUCAACGACUCCGCGAGUGACGAUUUGUAGUAGUGUUCGGACAGCACUCGAACAAACAGCCCCAUUGCCGAUGGUAGUGGAUACGGGUGAGAUGACCGAUGAUGAUAGAAAAUACCUGGUGGCCAUCGAGGAGCAGAAGAAGCGAAGAGAGAGAGUGCUGCGCGAAAAGGAACGGAAACGUGGAUUGGAGGGCUACCAAUUUACCGACCACUAAUGUGAUUUCGGAUGUGGCUGCGCCGUAAGUCUUUAUGGUCAAGGGGAUCGCGCAGAGGAAUUAUUAUUAAAUGUGAUUAUCAUGAAGGUACGUCAGUUCUAUUAUUUUGUUGAAUUUGAAUUGUAUCAAUUUGGCUGUAAAAUAAAGCUUAGCCCAAUUUCG